AUGGCUGAUGCUACGGCUGACACUUGUCCGACUUCUGUGCCUGCUCAUACCGUCGACGAGCCGGUUGGUGAUCUUCGGCUUCCCCCAGGAUGGAUGUACAAGUCGUGGGGGGUAGGCCGCUGGCGCACGUCCUGGUAUGCGUCUCCGAGAAUCCAGCUGGGUAUGGUCGCGUUCGUAUGUUUCAUGUGUCCCGGCAUGUUUAAUGCUCUCAGCGGUCUGGGCGGUGGUGGAAAAUCCGAUCCGCAUUUGGCUGAUCAAAUGGUAUUGUUUACCUUCUCGAACCUCACUCUGUACAGUGUCUUCGCUGUUGUCGGUUUCUUCGCUGGCUCGAUCGUCAAUUGGAUUGGGAUCCGACUUUCCCUCUCUUUCGGCGGAAUCGGAUAUUGCAUUUAUGCGAUCAGUCUUCUCGUCUCUGUGCACAAAUAUGUUCCGGGGUUCAACAUCUUCGCUGGUGCCUUACUGGGUGCCUGUGCGGGUAUCCUGUGGUCGGCCCAGGGAGCUAUCAUGAUGUCCUACCCCCACGAACACCAGAAAGGCCGGUAUUUCGCGUGGUUCUGGGGUAUCUUUAACAUUGGCGCCUGUAUGGGCAGUCUUAUCGCUCUCGGUACGAACAUCAAUGUCAAAGUUGCUGCCACUGUCGCCGACGGAACAUACAUCGCUUUCAUCGUCCUGAUGUUCUUUGGCGCUUGCCUGGCUCUCAUGCUCUGCGAUGCGAAGAAGGUCAUUCGCCGCGACGGAUCCCGGAUUAUUGUUAUGAAAAACCCAACAUGGAAAACUGAGUUGUACGGGCUCUACGACACGCUUAAGAACGAGCCUUUUGUCAUCCUUCUUUUCCCUAUGUUCUGGUCUUCCAACUGGUUUUACACAUACCAAGGAAACGCAAUAAACGUCGCCUACUUCAAUACCCGCACUAGGGCUUUGAAUUCCUUCCUAUACUGGUUCGCUCAAAUCGUGGCUGCGAGUAUCAUCGGCCCGCUCCUCGAUAUGACGUACUUUCGUCGUACAGUGCGUGCUCGCAGUGCGUGGGUCAUCCUCUUCCUCCUGACUAUGGUUGUCUGGGGUGGUGGCUGGGCCUGGCAGAAGAAUUAUACUCGUGAGUCUGUAGACCCUGAGACAACCGACUUCGAGCAUUGGGAUUGGACGCAUCCUCGAUACGUUGGACCCAUGUUCUUGUACUUCUUCUACGGAUUCUAUGACGCCGUUUGGCAGGGUGUUAUCUACUGGUACAUGGGAGCCCUUUCCAACUCAGGCCGCAAAGGCGCCAACUUCGCCGGAUUUUACAAAGGUAUCCAAUCCGCCGGUGCGGCCGUGAUGUGGAGUAUAGACUUCCACAAUGCGUCCUACGCGGCCGAGUUCGCCAGCAACUGGGGCCUACUUGGAGGAUCGCUGCUCGUCGCGGCGCCAGUGAUCUUCCUACGUAUCAAGGACCAUGUGGAUAUCACGGAUGAUCUGCAAAAUACUGACGAGACGGUCGAGGAUGUUCUUCCUGUCGGACUUCCGGAGAAGUAG